AUGGUCCAGGCUCAAGGGAGUCCUAAAGCUGUGGCGUCCAUACUGCCUGAUACAUAUGUGUUUACUGGAGAGAUUGUUGCUCUCAGAUGUGACAUACAGGGAGGAGGAAACACUCAGUGGACUUACAGCUGGAAUAAAGAUAAUAACAAACUCUAUUCAAAUGGAAAUAAGAGAGAUUUCAUAGACACCACAAUGCAGAUGUUAAUAAUCAGUUAUGUUGAAGACUCUGACAGUGGAACCUACAGCUGCAGAGGACAUGGGAAAGACUCUCAGAGCUCAGAGAUCAGUGAUGAUGUUACACUGACUGUAUCAGUAAAACCCAAACCGACUGUGAGAGUGAAUCCUCAGAGCUCCGUCUACACUGGAGACACAGUCACUCUGAGCUGUGAGCUGCAGCAGGGGACUGGAUGGGAGUUUCAAUGGUACAAUAAUAAUCAGGUGUUACUGAAUCUGAACAGUGAACAAGUGAACACACGUAAAGUGACAGUCGAUAAUGCAGGAGAAACAGAGUACACGUGUUGGGCACACAGGAUGAACUACUACUACUAUGACUACUACUUUGACUUCUACACAGAGCUCAGUGAUCCUGUCAAGAUUACAGUGAGAGUAAAACCCAAACCGACUGUGAGAGUGAAUCCUCAGAGCUCCGUCUACACUGGAGACACCGUCACUCUGAGCUGUGACAUACAGGAUGAAAGUGUCUCUAGCUGGCAGUACAGCUGGUAUAAAGAUACUUCACACAGUCCUGUCAGUAGUGAACAGGUGUACAGUAUCAGUGGUGUUGAAGUGACCCACACAGGUACAUACACCUGUAGAGGAACAGAGAGAGGAGGCUCACGCUCCUCACACUCCAGUGAUGUUAUUACACUGACUGUAUCAGUUGAAUCUCUUCCAGUCUCUCUGAUCAUCAAUCCCAGCAGAACUCAACACUUUACUAAUGACUCUCUCUCACUGAGCUGUGAGGACCAGAGUAAGUCUACUGGAUGGACAGUGAGACGAUACACACACAGAGAGAGAGUGUUAGAUUGUUCACACUGGGGAUCAGUUACAGGAUCUACAUGUAACAUCAGCUUCCUCUCCACAUCCUACACUGGAGUUUACUGGUGUGUGUCUGAAUCUGGAGAAAACAGUAAUCCUGUAAACAUCACAGUGCAUGAUGGUGAUGUGAUCCUGGAGAGUCCUGUCCAUCCUGUGACUGAGGGACAUCCUCUGACUCUACGCUGUUUAUAUCACAACCCAAAUCCCUCAAACCUCCGAGCUGAUUUCUAUAAAGAUGGAUCAGUUCUCCAGAACCAGACUACAGGAGAGAUGAUCAUCCAAACUGUCUCAAAGUCAGAUGAAGGUUUCUACCACUGUGAACACCCAGAGAGAGGAGAGUCACCAAAAAUCUGGGUCUCAGUCAGACAAGCUCCAUUCUCAGUGCUCAUGCUGAUCUGUAGUGUGGUGACGGCCUCUCCGUAUCUGCUGGUGACCAUCAUUCUGCUGCUCAUAUGUUACAGAGCUCGAGAUCACACAGAUGAAGAAAUGAGAAUGCAGUCAUAGAGGAGUGAGCAAAAUUCAUCUAUAAAAAGAAGAUACAUUUACUAUAAUAUAUUUUUCCAGAAUUUCUAUUUCUUUAUGGUUUUGUGUGGAUUUUAAAACAAUACUGAUUUGUCAUUUAAAUGUCCUGCUGUUAUUUGCUCAUCAUAUUAUAGACACCCUCAUUGUUGUGAAUGGCUUUGUUUAGUUAAUGUCUGCAAACCUCCUGAUGAGGUGAAAAUUACUGUGUGUGUACAGUAGUGUCCAAAAUGCCCACAGCCAGCUUUU